AUGGUGCUCAAGAGCUUGAUUGCUUGAUUCGUCGUUUUUCUUCUUCUCUUUCUUCAUUCGCAAAACCAGGUAAACGAACUACAACUAUACCAGAAGAUCGUAAAGCAUUCCAGCUCAAUAAAUUCCUUCAUAAUGAUUGCAAAGAAGAUAUUUGGAGAGUAUACAUCAUCACACAUCUAUGUAUUGCUUUCCUGAAUAGGAGUACGGAGGCUAUGGAGUUUCUGAAGAAAAUGGUUGCCUUUGGAGUGAGGCCCAACGAGAUUACAUAUGGAACUUUGAUUAACGGGUUGUGUCAAACAGGGAACACGGCUAUUGCCCUUAAAUUACUUGAACAAAUGGCUGAUGGGAAUGGUGAAGGGGGCGUUAUCUGCAAGCCUGGUAUUUUUUGUUAUAGUAGUAUUAUUGAUGGUCUUUGUAAAGAUGGGUUGAUAGAGAAGGCAAAAGAAUUGUUUUUGGAAAUGAGGGGUAAGGGAAUUAAGCCAGAUGUAGUUGUUUGCACCUCUCUAAUAUACGGUUGUUGUUUCGUGGGAAAUUUGGAGGAGGCUUCGCUCCUGUUUAGUGAGAUGGAAAAUCAAGGUUUGCAACCUAAUGUGAUGACGUUUACUACAUUGAUAAAUGGGCUUUGCAAAGAGGGGAAGAUGAAAGAAGCUAAUGGGUUGUUGGAAUUGAUGAAUCAAAGAGCUUUGCAGCCUGAUGUGGUGACAUAUACUACAUUGAUAAGUGGACUUUGCAAGGUGGGGAAGAUGGAAGAAGCUAAUGGGUUGUUGGAAUUGAUGAGUCAAAGAGGUUUGCAACUUGAUGUGGUGACUUUUAAUACAAUAAUAAAUGGGCUUUGUAAGGAGGGGAAGAUGGAGCUUGCUAAUAGGUAUUUGGAGUUAAUGAUUCAAAGAGGUUUGCAGCCUGAUGUGGUGACGUUUAAUACUUUGAUAAGUGGACUUUGCAAGGUGGGAAAGAUGGAGGAAGCUAAUGGGUUGUUAGAAUUGAUGAGGGAAAGAGGUUUGCAACCUGAUGUAGUGACAUUUAAUACAUUGAUAAGUGGAUUUUGUAAGGUCGGGAAGAUUGAGGAAACUAAUGGGUUGUUGGAAUUGAUGAGUCAGAGGGGUUUGCAGCUUGAUGUGGUGACUUUUAAUACUAUAAUAAAUGGGCUUUGUAAGGUUGGGAAGAUGAAGGAUGCUAAUACGUAUUUUGAAUUAAUGUCUCAAAAAGGUUUGCAACCUAAUGUGGUGACAUUUACAACUCUGAUAAGUGGCUUUUGCAAGAUGGGAAAGAUGGAGGAAGCUAACGGGUUGUUUGAAAUGAUGACUCAAAGAGGUUUACAACCUGAUGUGGUGACGAUUUCUACAUUGAUAAGUGGGCUUUGCAAGGUGGGAAAGGUGGAGGAAGCUAAUGGAUUGAUGGAAAUGAUGAGACAAAAAGAUAUGCGGCCUAAAUGGGUGACUUUUAAUACAAUGAUAAAUGGAUUUUGCAAGGUGGGGAAGAUAGAGAAAGCUAUUGGGUUGUUUGAAAUGAUGACUCAAAAAGGUUUGCUACCUGAUGUGGUGACAUUUACCACAUUGAUAAGUGGGCUUUGCAAGGUGGGCAAGAUGGAAGAAGCUAAUGGGUUGUUUGAAAUGAUGACUCAAAGAGGUUUGUUGCCUGAUGUGGUGACAUUUACUACAUUGAUAGAUGGGUUUUGCAAGGUGGGGAAGAUGGAGAAAGCUAAUGAGUUAUUUGAAAUGAUGUCUCAAAGAGGUUUGCAGCCUGAUGUGGUUACGUUUACUACGUUGAUAAGUGGGCUUUGCAAGGUGGGAAAUAUUGAGAAAGUUAAUGAGUUGUUGGAAUUGAUGAGUCAGAAAGGUUUGCAGCUUGAUGUGGUGACUUUUAAUGCAAUAAUAAAUGGGUUUUGUAAGGAGGGGAAGAUGGAGGAUGCUAAUAGGUACUUAGAAUUAAUGACUCAAAGAGGUUUGCAGCCUGAUGUGAUGACGUUUACUACUUUGAUAAGUGGGUUUUGUAAGGUGGGAAAGAUGGAGGAAGCUAAUGGGUUUUUGGAAUUGAUGAGUCAAAGAUGUCUGCAGCCUGAUGUAAUAACGUAUACUAUAUUGAUUAAUGGGUUCUGCAAUGUAGGGAAGAUGAAGGAAGCUAAUGGAUUGUUUGCAUUGAUGAUUAAAAGAGGUUUGCAACCAAACAGAUGAUGCAUGGUUAUUGCUUGAUGGGCAGAUUGAUGAUGCAAGGGAGCUGCUAAUUUCUUAUGAGAGCCAGAGGUGUAAGUCUGAUGUUGUUAGUUAUAAUACUUUGAUCAGUGCCUACAGCAAGAAUAAGAAAGCAGAGAAUGCAGUGAACCUAUACAAGCAAGUGAUUUUAUUUCCUGUCCAAAAGCCAACAAGAGGCUGAUGAUGGCUUGUGGAAAAAGGGAUGCUCGGAAUUGCUUGGGAGCUAUUUCAGAAGCUGCUUCAUGAAGUCUUGAUUCCAACCAUUGUGACAUAUAACAUCUUAAUACAUGGCUUUUGUUAAGAAGGGAAACUGGAAAAGGCAUAUGAUUAUUUAUCAAAUAUGGAAAAGAAGGGUUGUUACAUUCGAUAUGCUUAUGAGAGGUUUCUUACAAAAUAAUGAGGCAGCUGAAGUGAUUGACUUCUUCACAAAAUGGACAGAAAUGUGAUGCCAGAUUUAUCCAUAAUUUCAAUCUGGUUCACCAAAUCAAAAGAUUCAACUGUUGUUUGGAUGGCUGACUCUGAGAGACCAUUCAAUGGCAAGGGCUCAAAAGUUUCUUUGCAACAAAAUGGUGAUAUGGUCCUGCAGGCUGUUGAUGGCUCAGUGAUAUGGACUAUUAACACCUCCUUUACUGAUGCUGAUAGAGUUGAGCUUUUGGAAUCUGGAAAUCUUGUUCUGAAGGAUAUAAAUCUAGCAUUCUAUGGCAAACUUGAAGCUUUGCAUACAAACCACCCUUUACAAAGACAAGAAAAUUGGAUUCUAUAUCUGGACCAGGAGUUUUUGCUUCUGGGUACUUUAGCUUAUAUUUUAAUGAUGAAUAUGUGUUGAUGCUGAUGUGUGAUGCUGCGGAUAUUUCAAGUGUGUGUUGGCCUGAUCCUGAUAAGGAUGUGUUCCAAAAUGGAAGAAAAAUGUAAAACAGUAGUGGAGUGGUUGUUUCAGAUGAAAGAGGCAAUUUCUUGUCAAGUUAUAGACUGCAAUUCAGUGCUCUAUAGCUUCAAUGAGCCAUGACUCUGGAUGGUUAAAUGUGUUCUACAGCAGUGUCAAGUUCAUGGAGUCUGUGGGAGAAAUGGGAACUGUACUUAUGCACAAGAUAAGCCGAAGUGUUCAUGCCCUCCAUGGUUCAAGGUAACUGAGCCAGGUGAUUCGAAUAAAAGGGUGCAUGAUUAUCAUCGACAGAAGUUUAACUUCAAACUCCAAAUGACAUUCAUCAAAGGUUCAAAAUUUGAUUUCUAGGAUUUGAUCUCAAUUUCACUUAACAUUCAUCAAAAGAGGAAUGUAUGAAACUUUGCUUAGAUGAUUUUUCAGGCUAUCAAGAGUAUCUCAUGGCUUUACAAAAAGUGUUGUUUUCAAUGGAGAGAAAUAUGAGCA